AGUUGUCGGCGCGGCUCUUCUUGUCCGCACGGGAGAGCGGGAAAGCGGCCGGGAACCGGUUACCCCGGGCAACGGGGCGGGAGCGGCCUGUGCGGAGCCGCGACCAUGAGGUGAAGGCAGGAGCCGGGACCCCAGCGCACGAUGGCCGAGGAGCUGUUCUGUCAGAGCGCCGCCGUCCUCGUCAAGUGCAAGGACUGUGAAGACAGGAGAGAAAAUGUUCGCCUGACAGUAGGAUGGCAAUGCAGUUCCAAUGCAGUUCACAAGAAGGAUUUAAUCGUCCGUUUGACUGAUGACACAGAUCCCUUCUUCUUGUAUAACCUUACAAUUAGUGAAGAUGAUUUUCAAAGUUUAAAGAAUCAGCAAGGGCUGCUUGUAGAAUUUUCUGCAUUUCCUCAGCGGUUCAUUGAGCUUUUGGAUCAAUGUAUCCAGGAACAAAGCAAAGAUGUUCCAAGGUUUAUGCUUCAGUUAAUAACUCAGUCUCCAGCAUUGGAUCACAUGCCUGCAAGCUUAAAUAUAAUAGAAACUAAUCCAUUCAAACACCUCACACACCUCUCCUUAAAGCUGCUUCCAGGAAAUGACAAUGAGAUCAAGAAAUAUUUAGCAGUCUGCCUUCAAAAUGUGAAGAUGGAAAAUAGUUCACUACAGGAAAGGCUACGUAGAACUGAGGAAGAUUUAACAAAAAGAUUAAGCAUUACUCAACAGACCUUAGCAGAAAAGAGUAAGGAACUGGACAGAUUACGUAAUGAAUGGACAACACAUACCAACUUUAUAGCAAACAAACACAGUCAAGAAGUUACUACGGAAAGGGAGAAAGCUUUACAGGCUCAAACACAUUACCAGCAACAAUGGGAACAGCAAAAAAAAGAAACAGAGGCAGCACAUAGUCAAACGGUACAGCAUCUUGAAAGAAGGAUAGCUGAAAUAGAAACCAUCAACAAGGAUCUUAUUGAACGGAAAUACAAAUCGGAAUCUACAAUCCGAGAGACGAAAUCCAAAUUAUGCGUCGUGGAAGAGGAAUGUCAAAGAUCCAAACAGGAAAUAAUUUCACUGAGGCGAGAAAACACCACACUGGAUGCAGAGUGCCACGAAAAGGAGAAACUACUGAAUCAGCUGCGAACAAGAACUGCAGUCCUGGAACAGGAAGUCAAGGAUAAAGAGCAAGUAGUUACAAAAACAACAGAAAUCUUUGAAAGUAUUCAGGAGCACAAGAAAAAUCUAGAAGAGAACAUGGAGCAAAAGCAACUGCAAAUGGGAAAGCUGGAAGCUACAGUGAAAUCUCUUUCAGAAGAAUUAUUAAAGGCCAAUGAAAUCAUCAAAAAGCUGCAGGGAGACAUGAAAAAACUGAUGGAAAAAAUUAAACUGAAAAAUACAGUUACAAUGCAACAAGAAAAACUUUUAGGAGAAAAAACACAGAUGCUCCAGAAGGGACAGCAAGAACUGGCAGAAGUGCAGCAGGCCCUGAGACACAAGGAGGAGGAGGUUCAUAAGUUGCAGGAGAAGUUUGAUGCCACAGUCGAAAAACUAGAAGAAAGCAAACAGCUUCUAAAGACAAAUGAAAACGUAAUAUCUUGGUUGAAUAAACAACUAAAUGAAAAUAAAUUAGCAGCUCUGCAAGAAACUCCUCCGUCAUCAAUAUCAAGUGGCAAUCUGUCCAGGCUUGGGGGUGUGCAAAACAGUCACCAAACUUUGCACCCUCCUUUCUCUGUCUUGAUGCCACAGACUGUCUCUUCUGUUUCGCCUUCAGAUAAUUACUCUAAGAGCUUUGGUUCUAUACGAAUGAAUACUCCACUCUUCAGGCCUGGUGUGUCAAGACAUGGUCUUCAGGUGCACUUCAGCCCUCUGCAGCUAAAUCCUAGUAGCAUCCCUGUAUUAGAACCCACGUCAGCCCCUUCAUCUUCAACACCAACAGGAACAAGUCUCUCUUCCAAAAGCGAACCAAUUGGUUUAGACCAGAAAUACUUACAGAAGAGGGAAUGUGGUAAACCGGGUUUAUCUCGAGGAGGACUGUUGCAGAAGCUAUCAUAUCCAAUUGGCACAGUGCCAACUCGACCUCUAGGGCCAAAGCAAGGAAAUCCACCACCAGCGACAUCUGCCUAUUUUCCAGGACAACAGCCUAGACUCCCUGCAUCAUGAAGAGAGCAGCAAUAACAUCUCAAUCUACACAAAUCCUGAAAGAAGAUGGAUAAUGGGAAAGGAACAGGCUGCCUGAACUUAUUACUGCAGGUGUUUACACCUGUAAGAAAUGAUUGGACUGGGCAGUGACAAUCAGCAUUAACCCAGGUGCUCAUUCAAACUGCCAGAAUACACUUGCCGUUUUCAAAAUAUUGACUUUAAUUUGUUUUAAAGUGAGGUGAGUGGGGGUGUUCCUCCUGCACAGGAGGCAGUUGUAUACCAAAGCAUAAUUUGCAGACUCCUCAGUGAAUGUUUUGCGCCUUAUUUGACACUCAUUCCUGCAAACUAGAUUUUUGAACAAUCAAGAAUAUUAACUGCCUUCCAUGUGUAGCCUCCUUUGUUUACUCAUCCCAAAACACACUUUGCAUUAUGUCCUGCUAUUUAAAAAUUAGUACAGAUGUAACCACGAAGUUUGGGGUUAAAAUUCCCAGUGAUUUUUCUGGUUUUCCAGUUCGUCCAUUAUCUUAUCAACUUUACCAAUAUCUUUGGCACAACUCACCUUUUGUUGGUAUAGUUCCCAAAUUGCUCCAUCCUAGUGUUCUUUACCUGGAAAUGCAAUCUGGUUCAUGUGAAUGCUAACUGAAGAAAACCAUUUCUUAGAUUAAUUUGUCACAGACUAGUUGGAAGUGCCACAGUGGAACCUUUCCAGAAAUUCAGUGUAUACAGUCAGUAUUACAACAUCGGAAUGGGUUGGCCCUUCAAUACACUGCAGGGCGUACAGACCUGUUGAUGUUUAGCACUGGUGCGGGAGUUCAAUCAAAGCAAAGUUGUCUUGAUAGUAGGACAGUAGUCAUAUAUUUGCAUCUGACAGUUGCACGCUAAGAACAUUUUGAUGCAGUUUGCAGAAUGAAAAUGAUCCCUCAGUAGUGUGCCAUUAACUGUACCCUAUCAAAUUGUCUGAAAGUUUGAUCAACUGCAGCCUGCCUGUGUAGUUCUGAAUGAAAUCAGUUUAAGAAGGUGACUAAUAGCAUCAGGGAUUUUAACAAGCAUCAAAUGUAUGGAAUCGGCACUGUUUCCUAUGGUGCAGUAACUAGUAAUUUAUGACAACUUGUACUGAAUAUCAGUGUACAAAUUGUAAAAUUUUGUAUUUAAAAUGGUUGUUUCAUACAUAUUUUGAAUGAAUAAAAUAUACAUACUUUUGCAAAA